AAUGUCACUCCCGGGGUUGGGCACGUGACGUGCGUGUGCCUGGCUGCGGAGUAAGCGCUUUUGCCGCUUAGGCUGUAAGAGGUGGCUGUGUCAUGGUUGGGAGAGGCUGAGGGGGAGAAUUAAGAGACAGGCCUAUCGCCCGCCGGGCAUGGAGACGGCCGGGCUGCUUGAUCUUCCAGGGCGUAUCCUAGAGCAGCGGGAGGAAGUUGAAGUGAAGAGGGUGAAGACUUUCAGUUGGAGGCCUGGAAAAGGUCUGGAAGAAGGUGUAGUGGAGAAAGUAACAAGUGCUGUUGAGGAAUUCGAAGACUUGAAGUCAGACUGUGAAGACUGGGAUUCUGGUGAUGAAGAUUGCAGUGUGCUCACAGAUACAGCUUUUCUUGAGGUGGAAACUAUAUCCCACUAUGAGGAAGAGGACUGGGAUAAAGAGCUGGCAGACAGUGAAAAUAAUAAUCCGUAUGAUUUUGAAGAUGUUAUUCACUGUGGAGGUAUGGAUCAAGAUCCAGUGGCAUCAUGUUCAGUUCAAGAAGAACCUUUGUAUGACCCAAGUUUGCAUCAUGUAGCACCACUGCCUUUGAGACAGCUCCAGACCGUGCCGGUGGAUGGCCAGUUUGAUGACGCUGUUGACUGAGGUGUUCCCAACACUAGGGUAGAAAUGUUGACUUCUACAUUGGAUAUCUCCUUGAAACUGAUACAAGGUUCAACACAACCACUUUGAAGACUUUAUAUUUGAUGAAACAGUUUAUAAAACUGUUGAAUACUAGAGAACUGGAAGUUCAGGAACAAGAUGGAUAGCAGUCUUGUAGCACUUUUUGCUUUAAACUGUCUUGGAAAUGCUUUGGGUUUUGUUUUUAAAUUUAGUGUGUGGUUACUGCCAUUGUAACCUGCUUGUUACUUUCCCCUGUCAUUGUGCAAUCUUCAUUCUUUGAUUUGAUAUAAACAGCCUUGUUUAUCAACCAA